AUGGUGCUGCCGCUGCUGCUGGUCGGGCUUCUGCUGCCCGCGGCGCUGGGGGCCGCUCCGGGGAUCGGGGCGCUGCGGGAGCUGGACGCCGGCCUGGACCCUGCGGCCCUGAAGGCGGCUCGCUUCGCCCUGGAGAGCUACAGCCGGGCAGCGGAGCAGCGCGGGGGGCCGGCCCGGCUGGGGGCCAUCCGGCGGGCGCAGGCCCAGGUGGUGAAUGGGAUCAAGUACUAUCUGGAUGUGACCCUGCUGAAGUCACCGUGCAGCCAGCAUGGAUUCACAAACCAGGAUGCUGCCAUCUGUGAAAAUUCAGUGGAACCAGAGCAAAUAUCUUGUCACUUUGAGGUCUGGAGUCAGCCAUGGAUGGACAGACAGAAGCUGGUGAAGCAGGAGUGUCGUCCAGCUGAGCCGUCAGAGAAGGUCCAAAGUGUGGCACUCCUGGAGCCAGAGGAGCCGGCUCAUGCCAAGACACCAGAAGAGCCAGUUCGCUUAGAGGCCCUUUCCCAGAAUGCAUCCGUCCAGCUGAUCUCGCUGUUCAAAGACUUCCUGACCACCUACAAGAAGAGCUACAAGGAUGAAAGAGAAACUGAGAGGCGUUUGCAGAUCUUCGCGGAGAACCUGGAAAAGGCUCGGACGAUCCAGGAGCUGGACCAGGGCACAGCUGAGUAUGGAGUCACCAAGUUCAGCGACCUGACGGAGGAGGAAUUUCGCUCCCUGUACCUGAAUCCGCUGCUGGCUAAACUCCCGGCCCGGCCCAUGAAACCGGCUGUCAUCCCCCACGACCCGCCUCCUGCCGAGUGGGACUGGCGGGAGCAUGGAGCUGUCACUGACGUCAAGGACCAGGGUAUGUGUGGCUCCUGCUGGGCUUUCUCUGUCACUGGCAACGUGGAAGGACAGUGGUUCCUGCGCCGGGGAUCUCUUGUCUCACUGUCGGAGCAGGAGCUGGUGGACUGCGAUGGACUGGACCAUGCCUGCGGAGGGGGGCUGCCUUCCAAUGCAUAUGAGGCCAUUGAGCAGCUAGGCGGCCUGGAGACAGAGGGUGAUUAUAGCUACGAGGGCCACAAGCAGCGCUGCAGCUUCUCCACCACCAAGGUGGCUGUCUACAUCAACAGCUCUGUGGAGAUCUCCCGGGAUGAGACCGAGAUCGCGGCGUGGCUGGCGAAGAACGGCCCCAUCUCCAUCGCACUCAAUGCUUUCGCCAUGCAGUUCUACAGGAGGGGGGUCUCCCACCCCUUCAGGCUCCUUUGCAACCCCUGGAUGAUUGAUCACGCCGUGCUGCUGGUGGGGUAUGGGACACGUGACCGCACCCCCUUCUGGGCCAUCAAAAACAGCUGGGGCAAGAACUGGGGCGAGCAGGGCUACUACUACCUGUACCGGGGCAGCAGAGCCUGCGGGAUGAACACCAUGUGCAGCUCAGCUGUGGUGGACUAGACACUGCAGGACUUCCCCCGCCCCACCUCCCUGUGAAUCCCCUCCUCUGUGUCUUGCUACACUGCCCACAGUCACUGCCCUGGCCCCCAACUUCCUAGAGCAUGGGAGAUGGACUUGAGAAGGGGGAAGGGCCCUGGCUAAGCUGGGGGAGAUGCCACAGUGUGGAAAUGCAAAGGGGGUGGGGGAGAGACUUAACUUGGGGCUCGCUGAUCAGCAGGAUGGGGGAGGCUGGGCCCUGCCAGCAGGGGGUACUCAUGCAUGCAUCUUGAGCCCAGCAUGGAGCCCAGGUCUGCCCCCUGUCCUGGAGAAUGCCACCCAGCAAGAGCUGGGCUAGGAUUUCCACUGCAGAAUUUGUCCUUAUGGGCCAUCUCCCAGGGCUGCAUCUUUGCAAGCUUUCCCACUGCUGAGGCUCUUGGCUUUUCCCUCCCCUCCCAGCUGAGGUCAGUGGGACAGACUUUGUGGGGUGAAAGGCCACCUAGAAUGGGAUGCUGGCGGCACUGGAGCUGCUGCCUAAUCUAUGCUCCAGUCCCUUGGGCCUCCUCCAGCCAUAGGUCUGUGCAAUAUCCUGGAACGAGGUGCCGCUCAUCUUGUGUUCCUCCCCCUGCCCUGCUGAGCUAGAACCAAAGGUCCUGGCUCGCAGCACCAGGGUUGCUUUUCAACCCAUGCUCCUAAGGCAGCUCGCUCUCUCCUGGUAGAGAAAUGAUCCCACCCCCCAGGGUUUACUUUCGUUGGUGGAUUCAACACAGUCCCUGCCAGCUGUGCCUGUUCCCAUCAGACUGGGGUGGGAGGGAGGGCACUUCACUAAUUUCCAUCCCUGGCCCUAAUUGCUGGAGCUGCUGCUUCUUUCUGGAACAGGGGCUGGGCCUGCUGGUUUCCAUUUUUCUAGCCUGCCUGGCUGAGUCUAUUACAGGGAAUCACUAAUGAUUAGCCUAAAGAUGGGGCAUUAAGCCCAUGAAACUGACCAGUCUCUAGAUUCUGCACCUCUCCCUCCAAAAACCAUUUUUGCUCCCAUCUCAUGUCUUGGGGCAAGGGUUUCAAAAGCUUCACUUUUGGGGGCGGGACCUUGGAGGAGCCUGGAUUUACAAAGGACAGGCCCUUGGGUCACACCCCUGCCCGGCUGUGGCUUUUGGAAAACAGGAAUUGCGGUGCCUCCGAUUCUCCUGGCUCUCAGGGAAACAUAGGCUGCUUUGAAGGAUCGGACACUAGACUGCAGGAUACAGCCAGGUUCGGUCCUAAACCAAGUGGUGCCUCUGGCGAGGAGCGGCUUCGGUGCACCCCCUCCAUUUGUUAAACUUUUGAAGACUUUACAGCACCCCAAGCCCGGCAUCCCAGGCGAUUUUCCACCCCUAAAUCCAGCCCUGGGUACAGCCAGCUACUGUUUAGCUGGGACUUCCUCCCCUGGCUCUCCAUGGGCUCUCCUUUCACUGCCAGGUGGGCAGUCCUCCCUGUGGGCUCCCCUUACAGGGCAGAGCGGAACAAAAGCUCCCUUAUAUUCCAGAGCUCAGCCCUGGCACCAGCUCGCAUGUGGGCAGGGCUGGCCAGCCCGGGAAGCUCUCUGGGAGGCAGCAGUUCUUUGGGAGGGUGGGGGAAUGCCGCUUGGAGCACUGCAUGCUGGGAGUUGUAGUCCACCCAUGUCACACAUGAGCAUUAAUAUCCUCUCUGGAGCUGGUCAGAAAAUAUUUGCAAGAACACAAAAACAAAAAAUUGAUUCUGUCAAGCUGGGCUCCGUGGUCAGACUACAUCUGCCAUGAUGCAUUAUAGUUUCCCUUCUUGGUGGCUAGUCCCAGUGCCUCAUGGGAGUUGUAGUUUAAGUGCUUCUUGUGCUCAUUCUCCUCUGUAGGCUGGGAUCCUUACUCAGACUAACUUCCCGUGGUACACUGUGCUCUCCCUUUUGGUGGAGGCAAAGGUGGUGUAUCAUGGGAGAUGUAGUGGGGGAGCACCAUCCAUAUAGGAGAACAGGGGCAUGAGUCAACGGAACUACACUCCACUGUGGCAUUGUGGUACCCUGUGGGAACUGAAAUAUUUAAUUGCCAAACUAUUUUGAUUGCCAGGUAUUUAGGUUUAUUUUGACACAGAAAAAAAAUAAGAUUUUUUUCCACCAAAACCAGAUAGUUUUCACAGAAUAUUCCUAUAGGUGAAAACAUAAUUUCCUGCAGGAAAAGCAGGUGGGUCAGACCAUUUUUGCCCAGCCUAUAUGUUGCCUCCACUGCAGCCAUGUCACUUCCCAUGCAGGGGGUGGGCAGGUGCAGUCUACACUUGACCUCCUGGCUUCUGCUUCCAGCUCUGCUGCUCCCAUGCUGUGUGAUCUAUGGGCAAGUCCCUUCUCCUUAGCUGUACAGCAAACGGGCUAUUCCCCCCGUCCACAGCAAAUGGGCUCUACCCCUCCCCCACAGUGAGGUGCAAAUUCAUAUAGGAAGCCCUUUGCUCAGGCAAAGUGUUAUUGUCAGAGUAGGUAAUCAAGUUGGGGAGGAUGUGGGAGAAGCCCUGUGGCUCCCUAUAUCUCCUGCCCCCCCCCUUCCCCCAAGCACUAGUGUAAGUCCACGGUAGGAGAUGUUUGAGUAGGCCUAGCUGUGAUCUCGCUGCUAAAACCAUUCCAUUCCAUUCAAUUCUUUACCUUUUGCAAAGCCGCACGUAGCACAGGUUGGGGGCUGUGAACUAACGCUGCUAGAGGCUCGCUGCAGUAUUUCCCCUCGCGGGGCAAAUUGGUCAAACGCACUUUGAAAGUGGAUUUGCACAAGGCAAGGGGGCAAUAGCCGUUUGUGAUUCUGCUUUACGCCUGCCCAGGAAGGAUCUAGUCCUUCCAGUGUGUUACUGAGUGACUGGGGUUUUAGUGCCAUAUGGUACCUCAGCACCAGCCCAGAUCUCUCCUAAGCAAUAAAGAAAAGCCUGCUGGUGGUUGGGUUUUUUCCUUUCCGCUCUGGAAACUCAGGACUGAAUUAGCUGAUCCGGGUUCCUGGUCAAGGACUGAAAUGGCACAGAAAGAGGGCUGGAGCUCUGAUCCUGUGUGGGACUGAACCUCUGCUUAAAAGAACAGGGACUAGACUACAGCAGGGAAGCUGUAUGUACCGGUAGGAGGAAAGUUCAGCACGCCAUGGCCUACCUCCCCGCCAUGGGAGGAGCAAUGGGCUAAGGUUUGUUAAGCACUUUGCUUUUGGAGGAUGCUAUUACAAGCGGAGGAGUGGGAUGGGGUGAGGUUUUUUGGGGGCAAAGCUGGAUUUUCCCCUUUGUCAUUUGCAUGGAGGAAAAUUCCGCAGUUUCUUGUAACAGAAAAAUGUGAAGGGCUGGUCUGUGGGAGGGAGGGCAUGCUGGGCUUGCCACAGAGCAGUUGUAGCAGGAGCUCAGAGCGAUGCUGUAGGGUUUGCUGUUCCUUGAUUUGUUCUACACUAAUAAUAAAUGAUGAAUCUGGUA